AGGACAACAUUAGUGCGUAUGAUUUUGAUGCUCGACUAUCGAUUUCCUUACAAGCAAGAUCCUCUUUACUUGAUUGGUACACUUAGGACAGUCCAGAUUUUAAGGAAACAACUGUAUGAUGUAUGUAACAGGCGUUUCUAGUCCCGGGCUCAGCUGAGCUCUUUUUCAUGAACCGUACAGGUUGUGACACGUGCACUGGCUUGUGUCAGGAACAGGAGGACAGGGGUGGUUUAACAGUUAUGUACGCGUACUGUAUGAGAGGGUACGGAGGUACACGGAUAGACGGAGGACACGAUAACCGUCUGGUAGCCGUCCAUGUGGUACAGGUACAGAUAUUACAUGUGCCAGCGGCACAAGACAACCUAGUUUUAGUUGAGGGGUGUAUCAGGACGGCAUCUCCUCAUCUCAAAAAAAAAAAGGACGGCAUCUCCCCGUCCCGGAGGCAGUUCUUGUCUGUGCUGAGCGGCGGCAGAGUUGAUUUGGAGGUUAAGCAGAGGAGGAGGCUAGGGAGAUGGAUUUCCCACCACAUCCAGUUGCGGGGGUGCCGGUGUACGAAGGUGCCGGGGAGAACUUUGAGCCGCUCGAGGAAGUGAAGCACACAGACGGCGAGGGGUUAGCUGUGGUGGCGGAGGUAGUAGCAGCAGCAGAGUCGGCUCUAGGAAUGCAAAAAGGGGACGUGGAGAUUGAAGAAGAUGGAGUAAAGACAGGCGAUUCAGGCGACAUCGGGAAGGAAGAAUCAACUUUGUCGGUAGUGCGACCAGAUCCAAGAGCUCCAGGCUGGAACAAGAGGCUGAGAGUGGGCAAAGCACCAGCUGAGAGGGAUCCUUGUCCAGGAAGAAUUGGUGCACUCGAAAAGUCAGUUAGGGACUUUGCUGAGAACCCAUCGGAGAAUGUCAUAAAAAUUGAACUUGGUUUCAGUUUUGACUCUCUGAACGAAGCAUAUGAUUACUACAAUCUUUAUUCGUGGGAGAAUGGAUUUGGGAUUAGAUACGGGAAGAGCAGGCUGAAUGUCGAGAGGAACAAGUGUAUGCAAGAGAUAGUCUGCGGCUGCUCGGGGAAGCCUGAGAAGGACAAUUCAAGGUCAUGCAGGUGCGAGUGCCCCGCCUUGAUACGGCUGCUGCGGACUAGCGACAACGGUUGGUACAUCGCAGAGCACAGGGUAUCACACAACCACUCCUUGUCUUUAACUUGCGGAGAGCGAGUGCAUUGGCCAUCACACAAGCAUAUAGAUAUGUACACGAAAAACCUAGUGAAACAACUUAGAGAUAACAACAUAGACAUAGGCAAGGUGUAUGCUAUAGUUGGUAGCUUCUUUGGGAGUAUGGAGAAUGUCCCCUUCACGAAGAAGACCCUGAAAAAUUUGUGUGGCAAGAUUAGCCGUGAUAAUGCUGAUGCCGACGUGCACAAAACGAUGCAAGUUUUCUCAGAGAUGGGGAAGAAGGAUCCUGACUUCACAUUUAGAGUACAAACAGACGGUGAGGGGCGCAUCAAGAACCUAAUGUGGGCAACUGGCAGUGGGCGGACACAGUACAAAUUCUUUGGAGAUGUCCUGACCUUCGACACGACCUAUAAGACAAAUCUGUAUGACAUGCCAUUCGGUUUGUUUGUCGGAGUGAACAAUCACUUCCAGAGUAUUAUUCUAGCGGGGGUUAUGCUUAGGGAUGAGCAGACAGAGAGCUUCGAGUGGGUAUUCACAGAGUUUAUAGCCAUGAUGGGAGGGAGUGCUCCGCAAACAAUACUGACAGAUCAGUGUAGAGCCAUGGAGGUAGCUAUAAGUAAUGUAAUGCCGCGCACAACACACAGGUGGUGUAAGUGGCAUGUCCUGAAGAAGGCGAAGGAGUCUCUCGGGUCGCUUUACACUAAGAGAAGCGAAUUUAGGGCAGAGUUCCACAAGGUGAUAAACCACAUGAUAACUGUGGACGAGUUCGAAUCUGCUUGGCAGAUGUUGAUUGACAAAUAUAGCCUUCGUAGCCACACAUACAUGACUCAGCUGUAUGAGAUACGUGAGAAAUGGGCUAGCCCUUAUUUCAGAGGGGUUUUUUGUGCAAAGAUGACAAGUACACAGCGUAGCGAAAGUGCAAACCACAUGCUCAAGACAUACGUCCCGCCUUCAUGCCCGAUGCACAUGUUUGUGAGGCAUUACUUGAGGAUGCAAUUUGACAGGGAUUCAGCGGAGUGUGCUGAGGAGAAGAGGACACGUGUCGCACGACCUUUGCUUAGGGUUAAUCGGGCAUUCGAAAGGCAUGCGAGCCAGGUGUACACAAGGGCAAUGUUUGAGAAGUUUGGAGAUAUCCUGUAUGAGGCAGGGUACUAUGAGGUUGAAGUUGAGGAGAUUGGUAAGGUAUAUUUUGCAACAAAUAUUCAGGCUGAAAAAAGAGAGCUGUGGAGCAGAGUGCAAUUUAAAGUUACGGUGGGCGAUAAUAGGGAAGAAUUUGAGUGUGAGUGCGGCCAGUUCGAACACAUGGGGAUGCUCUGUUGCCAUAUCCUUAAGAUUAUGGAUCACUUGGAUGUUAAGAAAAUUCCUGCUCGGCACAUAGUGAAAAGAUGGACGAGGGAUGCAAGAGACGUACUGCCAGAUCAUCUAGCACACUACCAGCGCGACCAAUUGGCAAAGGGCACAUUCACAUUCAGGCACUCACAGCUGUACAUGCAGGCAUUGCAGCUUGUCAGGAUGGGUGACACAAGUGUUGAAGCUUAUGAGAAGCUGACUAGCCUGUUUAGUGAUAAUAUUGUGACAAUGCAGCCAUACACCGAGAAGCCUGACGGUCUAGGGCUGGAGGAACAACAGAAGGAAAAGGAAAAAAGAGCUGCAACAGUGACAGUUCAAAAGGAUAAAUGGAUUACAAGGUCAGAAAAUGAUAUUGAUGCGUUGAAGGCACCAGGCAAGAAGAGACCAGCCGGGAGACCAAGCAACAGCAGGGACAGGGCACCGUAUGAGGGCACAAGCAAACGCACUAGGUUUUGCACGAUUUGCCGGAGGCCGGGGCACAGGAGCACUACAUGCCCUGAUCGAGGUGAUUUGCCGAAGAAGCCCCGCAAGGUCGGGCGGUGCACAAUUUGCGGUGUCGAAGGUCACAGGAAGGACACCUGCUUGAAACGUCGAAAGCUGGACGAGUGCUAAUGUCUUCAGAUUAGUUAGGUGUGAGAAAGGUUUUUUUCCCUAGAGCAUGUUGUUCUAAACAUUUAUAGGAAGGGAAAGAAAUUGCUGUAGUAUUUGCAUAGAUUUAGAGCUAUUGUGAUGAGUGUUGGCAUAGAUUGUAAAUUGCGGGAAUUCAGUAUCAGUGCCACACGUCUCGUGGUACAGAACAACGAUUUCACGUUCUGUUCCGCUAAGGAAUUCAGUACCAGUGCCACACGUCUGACGGUAUACGAAAUAAAUGGACGCGCAUUGGUGGGCCA